CUCCCCGGUUAACAGUUGCACAGAAUCCAAUACAUUUCUCGGUCCAAUUUUCGGGCUUUUUGCUCUGGACACUAUAAAACCAAAACCCACCACCACAGCCAGUAGCACCAACCGUUUCUCUAAACUUUACUCUUUCUCACUGAUAAUCGGACAUGGCCGAGCACCAGAGCUCCGAUGCUCUGAAGAAAAACCGAGAGGAAGAAGAUGAUGAAGAAUUCGAAGAAGAAGAUGAAGAUGAAAGUGACAAAGAAGAAGAAAACCAAAGCGGAAUUCCUUCUGUGGAGUUACAAAGCUCUGGAGCGGAGUCGAGAGACGCGCGAUUAGAAACCCUAGCGGUGCCUCAGUUAACUGAGAAGGAUCAGUGUGCAGAGAAGGCGGUUGUUUUUUUUGGUGUUGAUCUCACAGGUUUUGGGGUUAACUCUGCGACGAAUGAUGGAGCUCAAUUUCAGGAGCCAAUUGGGAUAAGCCACCAGGAAGUUCUGGCAGCAGCACCGAACCAGCCUGCUCAGGGUCAGAUACAAAAUCUGCAACAGUUGAGUUCUUAUCCAACUUCUUUGUCAGAACUGUCACCAACUUCUGUUACUCAAUCCAUUUCACCCGCUCCAAGCCCAAUUCUUCCAGAACAAAGACUGUCAUUGCAGAAGGUCAAUGGUUUAUGUACGCCUGAGGAGGACAAACAAAUUUCUUCUGACUUUAAGUCUAUAUCGCCUGUUCCUCUUGUAAAAACAUCUGCUUCAGAUGGUUACAACUGGCGAAAAUAUGGCCAGAAGCAAGUGAAGUGUCCUCCAGGUUCGCGAAGUUAUUACAGGUGCACAUUUUCUGAGUGUUCUGUCAAAAAGAUUGAAUGCUGCGAUAUUUCAGGCCAUAUAACCGAAAUUGUUUACAAAAGCCAACAUACUCAUGAUCCCCCUCGGAGGAGUAACUGCACAAGGGAAAUCAAGGUUGCAUCUUCUGCUGAGUGCGUGGGCAAUAGUGUUAUAGAAUAUCCCUGCGAAAUACUGAAUGAUUCAGACCUGCCUACGACUUCGAAAGAACCUAUACAAGAAAACCCAAUUCCUGAAAGAAAACGACAGAACUCAAAUGACUCUGAUGGUAAUGGUGAUGUUAUGAUCAAGGAGGAGCAUAUCAAUGAACCAGAAUCCAAAAGAAGAUUGAAGAAAAGUAACUCAGAAUAUUCAGAUUCUCUCUUGAAACCUGGCAAGAAACCUAAGUUUGUAGUGCAUGCAGCGGGGGAUGUGGGAAUAUCAGGUGAUGGAUAUAGGUGGCGCAAGUAUGGACAGAAGAUGGUGAAGGGAAACCCCCAUCCCAGGAACUACUAUAGAUGCACUUCUGCUGGAUGCCCUGUCCGGAAGCACAUUGAAACAGCCGUAGAUAACACAAGUGCCGUCAUAAUAACAUACAAGGGGAUACAUGACCAUGACAUGCCUGUUCCAAAGAAGCGGCAUGGCCCUCCGAGUGCUCCUCUUGUUGCCGCGGCUGCUCCUGCUUCCAUGAACAAUUUGCAGAUUGUGAAAACUGAUACUGAAGGACACCAAUCUUCGACCCAGUGGUCAGUGGACAAGGGAGCUCACCAAUCUUCGACGCAGCGGUUAGUGGACAAGGGAGCUCACCAAUCUUCGACGCAGCGGUCAGUGGACAAGGGAGCACACCAAUCUUCAACCCAGUGGUCAGUAGACAAGGGAGGAGAAUUGACUGGUGAGACCUUAGAACUUGGAGGUGAAAAGGCAAUGGAAUCAGCUCGAACUCUUCUGAGCAUUGGAUUUGAAAUCAAGCCCUGUUGAAAGUUCUUUUAGUCCCCGAGGACUAGUCAAGACUUGAGAAGAUCAUCAAUCAGCUUUUCUUAGGAAAAAACAAGCAGGUGUAUUUAUGUUAAGAUUAAGCAUCACAUUGGCAGGUUUGAUUUAUUUUUCUUUUUCCCUCCACCUUUUUGGUGUUGUUUAUAGUGCACAGUUGUGUAUAUCUAGUAUUGUAUGUCCUAGAAUCUUGUUUGAGUAGGCUAAUGGUAAUGAAGCACUAAAGAAAUGCGAGGCAUCUUUUCUA